UUUAAAGUAAGUACUUUGCAAAAGCGUAAGAGCUAAAACAAGGCAUGAAAACCGUAAGACAGGAAAGCGCCCAUCCAUUCCACUGCAGUCUCCCCGGAGCACCCCGGGGGUUGGUGGCUGCACGGCCCCGCUCACUCCCGACACUGGGGGCUGUGGGGCGGCCGCUCCUCUGCAUCCUGAGCACUGUGAUGGGCACACAGCGGGCGCCCCAUCCACCGAGGCAGUCAGUACCGGCCUAGCAGCCCCUGCAGGCCACGCUGCGCGAGGAUCCUCUCAGCCGCAGGCCCAGACUUAGCACACGGCCAAACGAACGGAGGCAGGGACACCGCGCAAAGCCCCCGGCCCUUCGGCGCGCAGGCUCGGAAACUGACUGGGAGACCUCGCCCCCGGUCGCCGCUGGCCAAUCAGCGCAGGCCGCUAGAUCCGUGCCCGCCCCAGGCCACGCCCGCAGCCAAUGAGAGAGGCCCGAGAGGCCGGCCGCCGAGCCCAGCCCCGGCUGGCGCACUCUGCUGUUCGCCUGUCAGGCUCCAAAUAAAGUUCUUCGGGGCUUUGAAUUUUUUUUUUAAAGCGCCCUCUGCAGUCUCGGCCGCAGCGGGCGAGAGAGGCCGAGUCCCCGCCCCGCCACUUCCGGUCUCGCUGCCCGGAGCCGGUGCGGCUGUGAGGGGCUGCGUUUCGCCGCCGCCGGCCGGCCGGGCAUGGUGUUGGGCGCCGGGCCCGCCUCGCCUGUCUCGGGGUGCCCAGGAUAAAGGUAGCAGGGAUGCUGACGCUGGCAAGCAAACUGAAGCGGGAUGACGGUCUCAGAGGGUCCCGGGCGCCAGCCGCAGCCUCCGACUCCACUCGGCGGGUUUCUGUGAGAGACAGGCUGCUUGUCAAAGAGGUUGCAGAACUUGAAGCUAAUUUACCUUGUACGUGCAAAGUGUAUUUUCCUGAUCCAAACAAGCUUCAUUGCUUUCAGCUAACUGUCACCCCAGAUGAGGGUUACUACCAGGGUGGAAAAUUUCAGUUUGAAACUGAAGUUCCUGAUGCGUACAACAUGGUGCCUCCUAAAGUGAAAUGCUUGACCAGGAUCUGGCACCCCAAUAUCACAGAGACAGGCGAGAUAUGUCUCAGUUUACUGAGAGAACAUUCGAUUGACGGCACCGGCUGGGCCCCCACGAGGACACUGAAGGAUGUUGUUUGGGGAUUAAACUCUUUGUUUACUGAUCUUUUGAAUUUUGAUGACCCACUGAAUAUUGAAGCUGCAGAACAUCAUUUGCGGGACAAGGAGGACUUCCGGAAUAAAGUUGAAGACUACAUUAAGCGUUACGCCAGAUGACAGGAGGAGAGGGCUGCGGGGCCGUGGACUGCGCGUUAGCAGUUUGUCUCCAGCUGAAGCGAGAAGGGAGGCUCCGCCCCGUCCUCGGCUCCGCUCAGUCCCGCUGGGCCGUCCCAGUCCUGCGACCAUGCUGUCCUGAGGAAGAACCUCUUCACGACCGCCCGUUGUAGACAGAGAGUUCCACAUAAAUACAGCCAGAAAAUGUGCUUGGGGUUCUAAAGAGUUGUCUGCUUACCUUAACAUGUUUACUUUUUUGAAACUGUACUGUAUAGGCUGUUAAUGAGAGUCUCGAGAAGUUGUGAUGAACUCAGCAUUGAGGCUAGAGCUUGCUUCUCCCCUUCCCCCCCCCGCCGUCAGUCCCCGCACAGGUGACGCUAAUGAUGUGCUCAGUGCAGCUCGCAGAGCGGCGAUCAGAAACCCGCUGCAAACUGUGACUGGAUGCGAAUUCUCUUAGCUCCUUCCACGAAUGUUGGCCCUGCCUAGAUGUCGUGAAGCUUCCCAGAAUGCAUAGUCAUUCACUGUAGAUCUCUUACUGAAAUGCGUAUUUUAUUUAAUGUAAGUAUAUUUUGGAACAGAUUUGUAAUUUGUACAAUUUAAUGCUUUAAUUAUUUUUUUCUAUUCUCAUUUAGUUUGUAUUUUCAUUGUAUAGAGCAGACAGAAAGAUGUUGGGUCAAGCAACUAUUGAAGAGAAAUACAAAGAAAAUAU